UAUAAAGCGGACGGCACCGGAUGGAUGAGCGGACGGGUGGAGUGAUGCGCUUGGAAUAUUACUAUGAAGUAAACUAUUGAAGGAAUCUGUUCUUGGAUCUUUCUGAUCUGUGAAAACAAUCGCCAGUCUUGUAGAUCUGAUUACCUGCUAUGCGUCUGGUGUGGAGAAUACCUGGCGGAAGGUGUGCAGCGGGAUCCAGCCUGACAGGACACAACUUCAGCAUCUGAUAACCUGAAAGCCCCCGAUUCACAUUCGUUUCGCCCCAUUUUUUUUUUAUUUUGAUUUUUUUGCAAUCGUGUGCGUGAUGCGCGUGGAAUGAGAACAGAUGAUGGAUAUAAUUUGGGAGAUAUUGAUCAUUCUUCAAGCGAAUGUGAUCGUGUGCGUAUCAGCUCAACCAAACCCACCGAAAAUUCAUGAAGGAUGGUGGGCGUACAAGGAGGUGGUGCAAGGGAGCUUUGUUCCAGUGCCAUCUUUUUGGGGGCUGGUAAACUCUGCCUGGAACCUGUGCUCCGUUGGGAAGAGGCAGUCGCCAGUCAACAUUGAAACCAGUCACAUGAUCUUCGACCCCUUCCUUACCCCUAUAAAGCUGAACACAGGCGGACGCAAGGUGGGAGGGACAAUGUACAACACUGGCCGUCAUGUCUCUCUGCGACUCGAAAAGGAGCAUCUGGUUAACAUCUCCGGAGGCCCAAUGACAUACAGCCAUCGUCUGGAGGAGAUUCGACUACACUUCGGCAGUGAGGACGGCCAGGGCUCUGAACACUUGCUCAACGGACAGGCUUUUUCUGGAGAGGUUCAACUGAUUCACUACAAUCAUGAGCUGUAUACAAAUUACACAGAAGCAGCUAAAAGCCCCAACGGACUGGUUAUAGUGUCCAUAUUUAUGAAGAUCGCAGAGACAUCAAACUCUUUCCUGAAUCGCAUGCUGAACAGAGACACCAUCACAAGAAUAACAUAUAAAAAUGAUGCAUAUCUUCUGACUGGCCUGAACAUAGAGGAGAUUUACCCCGAAACUAAUAGUUUCAUCACCUAUGAUGGAUCAAUGACUAUCCCUCCAUGCUUUGAGACAGCCACAUGGAUCCUAAUGAACAAGCCAGUGUACCUCACACGCAUGCAGAUGCACUCCUUGCGGCUACUGAGUCAGAACCAGCCAUCUCAGAUCUUUCUGAGCAUGAGUGACAACGUUCGCCCCGUCCAGCCGCUGAACAAUCGAUGCAUCCGCACAAACAUCAACUUCAGCAUGCAGGGCAAGGACUGCCCUAACAACAGGGCCCAGAAGCUCCAGUACCGGGCAAACCCACUUGGCCUGAACCCCAUAGAGAAUCUCCAGAGUGCUGUGAAGGGGAAGAUGAUAGACUUCAGACCCAGCAAUUCAGAUGACCUGAAGGCCGCUUUCAAAGCAACCUGGGCUUAUGUUACACCUCAGCAGAACAACAGGCUGAUCACCUCGGUGCCAGUAAUUCAUUCAAAAGGGGGCCAAACCAGUGAAUGAGUGGUUGCUAAAAUAGCCCCCCCACACCCCGCUCCACCCCCCUGGAUGAGCGAGGAGGAGAAACGAAUGUCAGAGAUGGAGAGUGGAACGAGGCAAGCAGGAGGAAUAACGGAAACGAGGAAUCGGUCUAAAGGCUUCAUCUCAUCUGAGAAUCUUUCAUGGCAUUGUAUAAAGAAAGAAACACUGGUCAUUUUUUUUCCUGAAUAAGAGAACUUACAAAAAAAGACUCUUCUUUUCAUACAUUGAGAACUGUUUCAACCCUCAAUCCAACACAUUCUAACAAGCCAUUUCCCCACACUGUAUGACUACAUCUAUAUAAACAUUUUGAUACAAAUGAUUUUUUUUUCUUUUUUGUGGGUGGUGGGGGACAAUCUAAAAAGACACUUAAGUGUUAAGAGAAAAAAACAAAACUAUUAUUUAAAGAAAUUAUUUGAUAGCCUCCUAGCCAACAGGACAACCUCGGGACUCUGAAGCCUUUGUAUAUAAAAGAAGCAGCCAUCAGUGGUACUGUCCAAGAACAAACAUGAAACCGUGGGUUGACUCUAAACAGGAAACAGGACUCACACAAUCAUUUCAUCAAGGUCACCCAACAGGGCUUGUCAUCAGCAGAGUGGAACAAACACAGCACAGCCUUACUUAGUCAUUUUCCCAAACUGAGUCAUGCUACAGGAUCCAACAAGCCCAUGUCGGCUCGGAGCGUCUUGGCCUCGUUUGUAUAUAUUAUUACUAUUAUCAAUACUGGAGAAAAAUUAUGAUGUAAAGAAAAAGUGAUAAAUAACAAAAUAAAAAGAUAUAUUAAAGAGGAUUUGAAAAAAAAAAACUCACAAAGGUUCAGAAUUUUAAACAGCUUUGCACACUUUGAAUUCUUGUGCGGGUUCUCAGUGUGAGCUGAUGCCUUUUUUCUGUUUUCUUGUUUACAAUGGUCAUACACUGUGUUUGAGUAAUGUUAUCAGCCCAAUAAAUGUGUCUACAAAGCCUAUAUAAA